AUGGUCUCAAAUAAGGCUCCAAAUAACGACGGUAAUAAACGAGGAGGCAAUCAAAUGCCCAAUCGACAACGGUUCAAGCAGGGCUUCGGCAAGCAGUACAACCAAAUGAACAACAUGAGAAACAUGAGUGCAAUGUUCAACGCGAAUCAGCUCGGAGAUGAUCCGGGCUUUGUUGAUUUCAACGAUGACUCGAUUACUUCUGCAAACGAAACGGGCGUUGCGAACACAAAUGCUGCGAAUGGCUCCGAUAGUGGAAGUAAAAACUAUUCCAGUGGUAACCGAAGAAUGAAUCAACCGAUGAAGCGUCCCAUGAAAAACGGUGGUCCGGGUAUGCGACACCGCAUGAACGGCGGAACAAACGGAAUGCCCAACUGGGGGCAUCCAAUGGCUCCUCCGAACAUGUUUCCCGGUUCAUCCUCUGGUAAUCGCCGUGGUCCUAUGAACCCUCCGCCCAUACCACCACCAGUUCCACCGGCACAUUUUCGCAAUGGUCCCGGAAUGCGUAUGCGAGGGCCACCGAAUGGUAGAUUCGGCGCAGGGCCUCCAGGUCCGAUGUCGCUUUUAUCGAUGCACAGGUCAUUACCUCCUCCAAUCCCUCCGAUGACAGGCCGACCGAUGGGUCCGCCGCUUGGUAUGGGACGAAUGAUGCCACCGCCUCUACGCCAUGGUCCCGAUGGGCAAAUGCGCCGAAACGUUAAUGGAAAUUUGCACGGACGUGGUAUGAUCCCUAAAAUGAAUUCAUUUCCUCGCAACGGGAUGACACCGAAUGGAGGCACCAUAGGUCCGAAUGGAAAACGUGCGCGAACAAAACCCGUACAGCAGAGGGAAGAAUAUCCAUUAGAAAAACCAUGGGUAACGGAGGAAAUCAAAUCUGAACAUGAUAAAAAAGCUGAACUUGCAAAUCGGCUCAAAGGACAUCGUGACGAUGCGCUGUACGCACAGUUUAAAGAACAACGAGACAAAUUCGUCAAAAUGUAUGAAGCAGCGCGCCUUGAAUUCAUCGGUAAACACCCUGAACAGGAUGUAGAUAAAAUCUUGACCGAGCCGGCUUGUAAAAAGGCCCGUAUCGAUAUCGUAGAAAAACAGAAUGAAGUCGCAGCUGCCUCAGAUAAACUCACUAAAUCUGAAGAAACUACCAGCAGCAGUGCGCAGAUCACUGUUUCUACUGUAACUUCUACUGAUACUACAAAAGCUCACAUUAAUGGUAGCAGUAACGGGCCUAAUGUCGUCACUUCCACUUCUACUUCUAAUCCUAAUAAUGUCUCUCCUGCUACCAAUGAUACCAAUGACACCAUUGAAAUCAUUUCUACUCCUGCAAACACCGAAUCGGUACCGGUACAAUCAGGGACUGUUCCUGUUGCGGCUUCAACCGAAAAUACUGCAGCUGUCUAA